AUGGGAGGCUGUUGCAGCCACGAUGUUUCGGUUCGAGGGAAGGUGGAAAGUGAGGUGGAUGAUAGAGAUUAUGAGUAUGAUCAUGAAAAUGAUAUUGCUUAUGAACAUGGUGGAGCAUUGGUGAGGUUAAGAGGAUCCUCUAAGUUUGUUUCAAUGUACACCCAACAGGGCCAGAAAGGUGUGAACCAAGAUGCAAUGACAGUUUGGGAGGACUUCACUGGAGAAAAGGAUGUGAUCUUUUGCGGUGUGUUUGAUGGUCAUGGUCCUCUCGGCCACAAGGUUUCACAAUUUAUUCGUGACAAUCUACCCUCAAAACUGUCUGCAGCGAUCGAAAUUUCGCAACAGAAGACAAUAAAAUAUUAUGAUGCCAAUGAAACAGAAACUGCCAGUUUUGAUGAUGGCUACGAUGACAGUAACCAUAACAUGUCCCUUGCAUCAUGGGAGGGAUGCUUUCUGAAAUCCUUUGAUGAGAUGGAUGAGUACCUUGCUCGGGAAAUUAACACUGACAGCUAUUGCAGUGGUUGCACCGCUGUGACUUUAAUUAAACAGGGUGACCAGCUGAUAGUUGGCAAUUUGGGUGAUUCUCGUGCAGUUCUUUGCACAAGGGACAGGGGCCAACUCAUUCCUGUUCAACUCACUGUUGACUUGAAACCAGAAAUUCCAAGCGAAACCUCAAGAAUAGUUAACUGUGAAGGAAGAGUGUUUGCAGCAGAAGAAGAACCAGAUGUGUACAGAAUAUGGAUGCCUGAUGAUGACUGCCCUGGUCUAGCCAUGUCAAGAGCCUUCGGGGACUUUUGCCUCAAACACUAUGGCCUCAUCUCAGUUCCUGAUGUAUUUUACAGAAAAAUUAUCCCACAAGAUCAAUUUGUGGUUUUGGCAACUGACGGGAUAUGGGAUGUGCUCACUAACCAAGAAGUAGUAAGCAUAGUUGCUUCAGCACCAAGGAGGUCCAUCGCAGCCAAGUUGUUAAUAAAGCGUGCUGUAAGAGCCUGGAGAUACAAGUAUCCUGGUUCCAGGGUUGAUGAUUGUGCUGCCAUUUGCUUGUUUCUGGAUGAACAACCUGUUCUAUCCCAUUCACAGUCCCAGAUGAGUAGAAAAAAUAGACCGCGUAGCAAGCACGUGCAUCGCUCUAGUAGAAAUGAAGACACGGAUACAGUGGAUGGCAAGGUUGGAAUGGAAAUAGAUGAAGAAUGGAAAGCUCUCGGAGGGUUUGCAAGAGCCAACUCUAUAUCAAAACUUCCACGCCUUGCUAGGGCUAUGAGUAAUCGCCAAUCGACCAAGUACUAUUCACCGCGUUGA